CUUCUUGAUAAGAUUGUCGUAACAUCCAAGACUGGAAUAUCGCCUCCAAGAUAUUGUCAGGUGAGUCGACCCUUGCCGAUUCAUGCCACUUGUUCUUGCUUCCACCCCCAAGCAUCACCUCCAGCACACUUCCUCGCCUAUCAAUCGUAUACUUAAUCACCCUCAUCUACUCACUAUCUAUUUUAUCUGGGCUCCUUCCGAUCGUCCCUGGGACCUGCGUCGAUCUCAAACGCCUUACUCGCGGCUGAACGCAACGGGCCAGCACUCCGUCUCGGCAUGAUUGCCAGACCUUAAUCUGACCUCAAUAUACUUCACGUCCCCUCCCCCGCAUCACCAUGUCUUUUGUUUAUCCGUGGAGAUACGUUGCCCCGCUUCCAAGUCCGGCAUGCCAAUUACUCGCACAAUGCCAUCUCCCGACGAGGCUCAUCGGAGUGUCGGCGCCGUGAUAAUUAAUGUUCCCGUUUACUGAUCGUCCAGGAUCGACUUCAUUUAUCCUCGACGAGCAUGCCACGACCCAAAUUUUAAUGUCAUAUGUCCUGCUUUGUAUAUUAUUGGGAGGCAAAUGCUACCGAACUUCGCAUGCCACGCAAACUGUCCUCAAGAUGAGGUGCUUGAAGUACUGCUCCAGAGUACUGGAUCGCAAAUAUAAAUAUAAAAUCGAUGUGCUGCUCUGAAACUAUUUCCUUUCGUCUAUCGCCAUUUCAUUUCUUCACUACAAUCCUUUCAGUAUGCUUUACUCUACUAUCCUUACAGCCUUGACAGGCGCUACCUUUGUCUCAGCCGCUCCAAAAUGGCCUAUCAAACCCAACACCACAGAUGUCAACCCUUUCCUCGGCAAGAACUAUUUCGCAAAUUCAUUCUACGCCAGCGAGCUGAAGGAGACCAUCGCUACCUUCCUCGCUAAGAACGAUACUCUGAACGCGGCACGAACACGGACCGUCCAGAACACUGGUACUUUUGUCUGGGUCGCCUCCGUCGCUGGCCUCUCCAACAUCGAGAGUACAGUCAAGGAAGCCCGAGCAGAGCAGAAGCGCACAAAGAAGAAGCAGAUCGUACAAUUAGUGUUGUACGAUCUCCCUGAUCGUGACUGCUCCGGUGGUGAAUCAGGUGGAGAGUUCAGAUCGGCGGACAAUGGUCUUGAGCUGUACAAGCGAACCUUUGUUGAUCCUUAUGCUGCCGCUGUGAAAGCUGCAUCUGACUUGACUUUUGCUAUCAUCCUUGAGCCGGAUAGUUUGGGCAACGCUGUCACGAACCAGAAUAUUCCUUUCUGUGCAGGAGCUACGCCUGUCUAUGAGGAGGGCAUUGCAUACGCCAUCUCCAAGUUACAAGCCAAGAACGUGCAUCUCUACAUCGAUGCCGCACAUGGUGGAUGGUUAGGAUGGGACGAUAACCUCCCAAAAGCCGCCGCCGAAUUCGCCAAAGUCGUCUCCCUCGCUCAGAACCUCACAGCCGGCGCCAAAAUCCGCGGCUUCGCCACCGACGUCUCAAACUUCAACCCCUACAUCGCCAACCCGCGCGCAAACUACACCGAAUGGAGCCACUCCUUCGACGAGCUCAACUACGCACAAUCCCUGGCGCCGCACCUCGCCGCCGCCUCCCCCUCCCUCCCCGCACACUUCAUCAUCGACCAGGGCCGCAGCGGCCUGCAGAAUACCAGGACGGAGUGGGGCGAGUGGUGUAAUGUGAGGGCUGGGUUUGGUAUCCGCCCGACGACGGACACGGGCAGUGAGUUGGUGGAUAGUAUUGUUUGGGCGAAGCCUGGGGGGGAGUCGGAUGGGGCGUGUGGGCCGAUGAUUGAGGGGAAGGGGGCCCCGAGGGCGGGGUUGUGGUGGAAUGAUUAUGCGGUGGAGUUGGUGAAGAAUGCGGAGCCGCCGUUGAAGCCGACGUGGGCGAAGGGUGGACAUGCGUAUUGAAGUUGGGUGAUGAGUUGGACUGGGCUUGGCUGAGAUGGCGGUAGAGAUAGCUUGUACAUAUGAGGUAGAAGAGCAGAUGGAAUGUAUAUACACAGAGAUACUUGAACAGAAAAUAAGACAAUGGGAUUAUGAUUAGACAUAAGAUGAACUUUCCUUUACAACCUAUGCAUCAUCAUUCAUUCUUCCUCCCUCCUUUAAUCUCACCGAAUCCCCACCCACCCAAUCAACGCAACCCCUCAUCCCUCUUCACAGCCAAAAACGUCAAACUCCACAACUGCACGAUAUUACUCUCCGUGGGACUCACCCCCGCCGGUGGCGGCAAC